GGGCGGCGGCACUGGAUCUACGGCUGCCCGAUCGCUGGCGGGAGAUGUCGAACCCCGGGACGCGCAGGAACGGCUCCAGCAUCAAGAUCCGUCUGACAGUAUUAUGUGCCAAGAACCUUGCAAAGAAAGACUUCUUCAGACUCCCUGACCCCUUUGCAAAGAUUGUUGUGGAUGGGUCUGGGCAGUGCCACUCAACCGACACCGUGAAAAACACAUUGGACCCAAAGUGGAACCAGCACUAUGAUCUGUAUGUUGGGAAAACUGAUUCUAUAACCAUCAGUGUGUGGAACCACAAGAAAAUUCACAAGAAACAGGGAGCCGGUUUUCUGGGUUGCGUGCGGUUACUUUCCAAUGCCAUCAGCAGAUUAAAAGAUACUGGAUACCAGCGUUUGGAUCUAUGCAAACUAAAUCCCUCAGAUACUGAUGCAGUUCGUGGCCAAAUAGUGGUAAGUUUACAGACUCGAGACAGAAUAGGCACUGGUGGCCCAGUGGUGGACUGCAGAGGACUGUUAGAAAAUGAAGGAACUGUGUAUGAGGACUCAGGGCCGGGAAGGCCGCUUAGCUGCUUCAUGGAGGAACCAGCCCCUUACACAGACAGUACUGGUGCUGCUGCUGGUGGAGGGAAUUGCAGGUUUGUGGAGUCCCCAAGUCAAGAUCAAAGACUUCAGGCACAGCGACUUCGAAAUCCUGAGGUGCGAGGUUCAUUACAGACACCUCAGAACCGACCGCAUGGCCACCAGUCACCAGAACUGCCAGAAGGCUAUGAACAAAGAACAACAGUACAAGGACAAGUUUACUUUUUGCACACACAGACUGGAGUUAGCACAUGGCAUGACCCCAGGAUACCAAGUCCCUUGGGGACCAUUCCUGGGGGAGAUGAAGCUUUUCUAUACGAAUUUCUUCUACAAGGCCAUACAUCUGAGCCCAGAGACCUUAACAGUGUGAAUUGUGAUGAACUUGGACCACUGCCACCAGGUUGGGAAGUCAGAAGCACAGUUUCUGGGAGAAUAUAUUUUGUAGAUCAUAAUAACCGAACUACCCAGUUUACAGAUCCGAGGUUACACCACAUCAUGAAUCACCAGUGCCAACUCAAGGAGCCCAGCCAGCCGCUGCCCCUGCCUAGCGAAGGCUCUCUGGAAGAUGAGGAACUUCCUGCCCAGAGAUACGAACGAGAUUUAGUCCAGAAACUAAAGGUCCUCAGACAUGAAUUAUCACUUCAGCAGCCCCAAGCUGGACAUUGCCGAAUUGAAGUAUCCAGAGAAGAAAUAUUUGAGGAGUCUUAUCGCCAGAUAAUGAAGAUGCGACCAAAAGACUUGAAAAAGCGACUAAUGGUGAAAUUCCGUGGAGAAGAAGGUUUGGAUUAUGGUGGAGUGGCAAGAGAGUGGCUUUAUUUAUUGUGCCAUGAGAUGUUGAAUCCAUAUUAUGGACUCUUCCAGUAUUCCACGGACAAUAUUUACAUGUUGCAAAUCAACCCAGAUUCUUCAAUCAACCCUGACCACUUGUCUUAUUUCCACUUUGUGGGUCGGAUCAUGGGGCUGGCUGUGUUCCAUGGACACUACAUCAAUGGGGGCUUCACAGUGCCCUUCUAUAAGCAGCUGCUGGGGAAGCCUAUCCAGCUCUCAGAUUUGGAAUCGGUGGAUCCAGAGCUGCAUAAGAGCUUAGUGUGGAUUCUAGAGAAUGAUAUCACCCCGGUGCUGGACCACACUUUUUGCGUGGAACACAAUGCUUUUGGGCGGAUUCUUCAGCAUGAACUGAAACCCAAUGGUAGAAAUGUGCCUGUCACAGAGGAGAACAAGAAAGAAUAUGUUCGGUUGUACGUAAAUUGGAGGUUUAUGAGAGGAAUUGAAGCCCAGUUUUUAGCUCUUCAAAAAGGGUUCAAUGAGCUUAUUCCUCAACACCUACUGAAGCCUUUUGACCAGAAGGAACUAGAGUUGAUAAUAGGCGGCCUGGAUAAAAUAGACUUGAAUGACUGGAAGUCAAACACGCGACUGAAGCACUGUGUGGCUGACAGCAACAUCGUCAGGUGGUUCUGGCAAGCAGUGGAGACAUUUGAUGAAGAAAGGAGGGCCCGGCUCCUACAGUUUGUGACUGGAUCCACAAGAGUCCCUCUCCAAGGCUUCAAGGCUUUGCAAGGCGCGGCAGGGCCCCGGCUCUUCACCAUCCACCUGAUAGAUGCAAAUACAGACAACCUUCCGAAGGCCCACACCUGCUUUAACCGGAUUGACAUCCCACCUUAUGAAUCCUAUGAGAAACUCUACGAGAAGCUGCUGACAGCUGUGGAGGAGACCUGUGGGUUUGCUGUAGAGUGAAGAGCAACCAAAGGCAACAGAGUCUAGCUCAUGACCACCAGACCAAAAGCAUAUAGCUUCUGUGUGCCUCCCACAAAGCUGGCUGAGGCCCUGGAAUUCUGGAUUAUCUGAGGGAAAAGGGUUGUCUACCUCCUUUUAUUAGAGGAGGGGGACAGGAGACUUUCAUUGGUGGCUCCUACCCAUAUAUCCCUCCUUUUGUUAUAGUACUCCCAACCCCUUCCAUGACCCAUCCAAUAAAAUAUAGCCAGGUUUAGCCCUUGGCCUUGGUCACACAGGAUAGUUUGCAGUUGCAACCCAUGUGGUGAUAAGGCUCACAGUCCUGUGCACUUUACAGGAGCAUCAACCAACCCACAGUUAGGGGACUGAGCCAGGCUUAGGGUUUGGAACUGGUAGAGAUACCAGUUGUUCCAUCUCAGAACAAUCUUGAGGCCCUUUUCACAUUCAGAAGCAACUGGAAAUCUUACCGGAGCUCAGAUUCCAAAUUUUACAUCAUUGAAGCCUGUUCUGGGUAGCAGAUUGGUUUCUAACUGAAAAAUAACUGUAUAUUAUACACUUAUUGGAAUUCUGCCACAGCAGGAAACGAGUCAAAAUGUUUUUUCCCUUUGAAAGGUGAAGGAAUUAGACCAGCUUUUACUGGAGGCCCAGGGGGUUUUAUUCUGUUUUGUUUUUUUUUUUCAGGGUAUCCUGGCUGGAAAUUUGUUUUGCACAAAGAAAAAUGAUCUUUUCUUUUUAAGGGUCCCUUUUGCUGCAUUAUCUAUCCAGUUUGACAUGUUUUUUGGUGAAAACACCAAGUAACAGAGCUUAUAAAAAGAACAGACUUAAACCAGCCCCAGAGCCAGUCAGUCCCAAAGCUGUGACUCUUGUGCCACCAUUGUAUGUAGAGAAACAUUGACUGUGUCACUGAAAAGUAUUAACAAACUAUGCUACAUUAAUUGCUGAGAGCUAAACUAACAAAACAAAAUUCUGUGAUCAUAGCUGCUGGGUUGGUGUGAACUCCCUUAAAAGAAAGGGAGAAAGAGUAAUCUCAAAGUCAUAAAUUUACCCAAAGUGUUCUUGUUUUACAAGAAGUAAGGCAUGGAUUCAAACCUAUGACCUCAGAGAGGACAACUCCACACUGACUCAUUUGGCUCUUUCCCCAAGAGCGGAUGGUGACACUAACAACUAGAUUCACUUGCCCAAAUGUCUGUAUAUGAUGAGGAAGGCCAAAGCAAGCUUAGACUCGAAGUUUCCAUUUCCAGUUUGCACAAAAGUUCAAACAGUAUUUUAUUUUAAACAAAGUGGCUUGAUUUCAGAUAGCCAGACUUCGGGAAAAAGCAGCAGCAGCAGCAGCAGCAGCAGCAGCAAAUUUUCCUG